UCGAUCAACAACCUCCGGAAAGCGUGGCUGAUCCGUGUUUGCAGCGCCCUGACGCGAAAACUACUUAAUAUGCACAUCCCCCGCCAGCCCUCGUUCUCGUCCACCUCAACUACACUUCCCAACAAACAACUUCUGCUUUCUACGUCAACCGAAACGACGCGACUUCCGAGUCUUACCGCUUCAACGAACACCCAUUUUUUCAACCACACCCAAUCAAACUAUCAAAAUGACUGGAGGCGGCAAGUCCGGCGGCAAGGCCAGCGGUUCCAAGAACGCGCAAUCCCGUUCUUCCAAGGCUGGUCUCGCUUUCCCCGUCGGUCGUGUCCAUCGUCUCCUCCGCAAGGGCAACUACGCCCAGCGUGUUGGUGCCGGCGCUCCCGUCUACCUCGCCGCUGUUCUCGAGUACCUCGCUGCCGAAAUUCUUGAGCUUGCUGGCAACGCUGCUCGCGACAACAAGAAGACUCGUAUCAUUCCCCGUCACCUUCAGCUCGCCAUCCGCAACGAUGAGGAGUUGAACAAGCUUCUUGGCCACGUCACCAUUGCCCAGGGUGGUGUUCUCCCCAACAUUCACCAAAAUCUCCUUCCUAAGAAGACCGGCAAGACUGGCAAGAACGCGAGUCAAGAACUUUAAAGCCGGAGCUUAGUUUAAUUUCUGUUUUCUCUUCCCUUUUUUCUGGUUGGCACGUUGGGUUCAUGAAAUUGGGGUUCACGGUCUAGGGUCAACGGUUGCUUUUCAUCUUUGGGCUGUACAUUAUCCCCGUCAACGGCGAUGGGUCAUGAAUGCGAAUAUCUUUUGAGCAUCAAUCAAAAGUGCCGUUAAUAUCUCCAUGGUUUCAGUCUCACUUUCGUUCAUUCGUUGUGACGAGUAUGCUCAAUAGCUGGCACUACGCCAUGCUGAACCGGCUGUAGUCUGCGCUCAUGUUCAACAGCUACCCCGCUAUUUUGUCUGCCUGGUUCAGAUUCCCGCUUCCGAAAGUCAUGUACGGGACAUACCAAACCCAUGAAUUCUUUGAUGAAAACCAGCUUGAACGUGUCUAUUCGUGACCAUCUGUAUAAAGUAAC